UCAGAGAAGCAGCCCGAUCUACAGAAUCGAAGCACCGGAUCAGCUAUAUUUGCAAGGAUUAACCGUGUUCUAAAAUCAACAAUCGAUCGAAAAUGAAAGUGUUUGCCAUCGCUUGUGUGACCCUAUUGGCGGCCAGCUGCGCCUUCGCCGCGCCCAGUGUUCAAGACAACCGGGUCGAGGGCGACAAUACCCUGGGCCGGGCCGCCCGGUAUCUGGGCGCCUGUCUGGAGAGCGACGACAUGGCCACCUGCCUGGCCGUCAAGGGCAUCACCGCCCUCAACCGCGCCGCUAGGAGCAACAACAUCGAGCUGGCCACCGGAGUCACCUUCCAGAGAGAUCCCGCCAGUCCCGUUGCCCGCACUGGAAAAUCGCUGAGCGAACAGGAUGUCUAUGCCGAGCUACCCCAGAAUGCCGAUGAGCGUACUGGUCGUCUAGUGGAUCUGGCCGUCUCUAGCGCCGCCGAUUUCCUGAGCACACACAACUUGGAGUUCAAGCUGCCCGCUGAGACCACCCAGCAGGUGGCUCGUGCCCUCGAUGAAGGUCGUGGCAAGAUCAAGAAGAUGCUGGGACCCGUGGCUCUGGCCAUUGGCGCAAAGCUGUUCGCCGUCAUUCCCCUGGUGCUCGGUUUCCUUGCCCUGCUGACGUUCAAGGCCGUGAUCGUGGCCAAGUUGGCCUUCUUCCUGGCCAUCUUGGUCGGCGGCUCCCGCCUGCUGGGCGGAUUUGGCAACAAGUUUGGCGGAAACUCCUUGGCCGGAGCCUACAACUCAAACGCCUGGUCCGCUCCUGCCAGCGCCGGUUGGAGCUCGGGAGCCUCCUCGUCCUAUCCCUAUGCCCGCAGCAUCAGCGAAGAUGGAUCCGAUGCCCAGCAGUUGGCCUACGCCGGCCAGCAGCAGCAGUAGAAGCGGCUGGGAGACAGCUCCAACAGAUGUGCCUUCGUUUUGAAACCUUUAGUCUGUAGUAAUUUAUUCGAAAUGUAAUUAACUAAUUUAUUGACACACCAACGCACACAGCACCCGCAAGUCAAGUCGAAUGUUUGAAUAAAACCAAGAGCAUUGCACCCGAAAAAAGACAUAAAAAAAAUGUAAUCCGCAAAUCCAAG